AUGAACACAAAAGCUCGAAAACUUGCCGCGUUUACAGCCGGGCUGAGUCUUUUCGUAGCUCUCGGAAUUCACGACUCCUUGUGGAGCCCAUUUCUUCCGAACGAGUAUGAUGAUUUGGGCAUAUCUGCCUUUCAGGUCGGGGUUGUAGUUUCCGCAAGUGAGGCAUCAGCACUCGUCAGUUGUCUGAUUGCAAUGACGUUCGGCGACUUGAAGCACCGUCGGUUUCUGUUCAGUUUCGGCUCUUUACUUCUCGGAUUGCUGUGCUUGGCGUUCAGUCAAAUGAGCCGAAUCAGGAACCCAGUUAUUCUUGUUUUCACUUCCGUUCUGAUUCGGACAACAAUGGGUUGCGGCGCUACGCUUAUUUGGUGCUGCGGCUCGGCUAUUUUCGUUGCAAUGUUCCCCAAUCACACAGGAAAAGUGUGCAGUGCUUUGGCGACGGUCCUCAACAUAGGCAUCAUGGCUGGUCCCCCUUUUGGUAGUCUGUUUUACUCUAUCGGGGGGUUCGAAGCACCGUUUUUAGCAGCGGGAGUUCUACAGAUCACGCUUUGUUUCAUAAAUUACUUCAUUAUGCCUGCAGACGUCUCUGAGAGAACUCAGACUAAAGACGAUGUCCUUCAAUGUGAUGCUGGCUCCCAGAAUCAUGAAGACAACGAAAGAGAAGCCAAAAUUAUGUCUGCAAUCGAGCUUCGCAAAAUCUCAACUUUGAGGUUCCUUCGCAACCCCGGAGUCAUGUUUCUGUCCCUGGCUGCCAUUUUGGGAGCAUCUUCGACUGGAUUCUUUAUCGUAUCGUUUUCUUCUUACCUUCUGGACGAGUUCGAAAUAUCCAGCGAGAACGCUGGACCUUAUUUCCUCCCAUUUACUCUCGUUCGAGCGGUGAGUGCUCCUGUUUUCGGCAUCUUAGUCGACAAAGGUUUCAGAAUUAGCGUCUUCUGUGCAAUCGGUUGUUUCCUCAACUCUAUAGGUCUCGUUUUACUUGGAACUAUUAAUUAUUUUGAACAUCUGAACAAUUUGAUUUGCGUCGAAGUCUUAACGUUUCUGAUCGGCAUGAGUGCCACCGCUUCUUUUGUCGCAUUAAUACCUUUGAUUCGAGACUUCUACGCCCGCAAAAGUGGUAUAAAUAUGGACAUCAUUAAUUUUUAUAAUUCUGCUUUGUACGGAUGUUGUUUCACUUCUGGAAUGGUGCUAGGACAAACUGUUUUCGGAGGAAUUCUAAGAGAUCAUUUGGAUUUUCACGGAAGUUGCCUGGUUUUGGCAAUUGCAAAUACUGUUACAGCUAUUCUAGCUACUGCUUACCUUCUAAGAGACAAUUGGAAACUGAACUCAAAACACUUAAGCUCUGUUGAACAAAAGCUCAAACAGAUUCCUUGUUGA